AUGCGUGGCCGGAAUCAAGCUCAUAGCCAAGCUUCGUUCGAGCCAAAAUCUCAUCAGAACGUGGCGCACCUAGCGGCUCCUCCCGCCAAACACGCCGCGCUGAACGUCUUUGGCCAAACGCCGGAAGGGACUACAAUUAUGGUCUGUCGGCGAUUCUAUGUUUCUUUUCCCAACGCCGUAGGCGAGCCUUGGGGCGCACUGGCAGAAGCUGUCCGCAAGAGAACUCUAAAGGCCGUGACGUCAGUUACGCCUCUGGUCAAUGUCGGGGCUUUUUGCUUCAGAUCAGACGUCCGCUAUGACCGAGCAACGAACAAUCGAGAGAGUCUGCUGGGAUCAAUUGACACGAAUAAAAAUUCGCCCUCGGUCAUGUGUCGCUGGUUUGCUUACCUAGGCGAUGAAGCCCAGCUUCUUGAAGAUUUGGUCAUUCGGCCGCGCCAUGCCAUUGUGAAGCAAGCGUGGCUUUUCAUGAUGAUAUCGGUAGUGGACGAACACUUCCUACCGGCUGGCCAUUCAACGGUUGAACCAUUUCUCGGAGAGCUUCAGGUCGCCCCUUUGGCUGCCAAUGACGCAGGCUCACCGAAUCCAUUGACCAACAUGGACGGAUUCGGCCUCGGGUGGUAUACGUCGACAGAGUGCGAGUUCAACCCCUAUAUCGAUCCAAAGUGGCCCGAGUCCCUUCGUCCAGUCGUGUACAAAAACACUCGACCUCCGCUCAACGAUCUGGUCCUCAAGAGCAUCGUUCGAGGCACCAGCAGCAAUGCCGUCCUUGCCCACAUCCGCGCAGCCCCAGGCCUGACGCCAGUCGUAGAGACCAACUGCCAUCCCUUUGCGUUUGGUCGUCAUUUGUUCGCCCACAACGGCAUCCUCGGGUCUUUUCCUCGUAUCUGUACAGCAAUUCUGCAAUAUCUUCCGUUGAGAUACCAACAGGCCGUUGUCGGGACAACAGAUGCUGAGCACAUUGCGGCCGUGUACUUCUUCAUAUUAUGCGGUAAGGAUGGCGACUGGGAGUCUGUUUAUGAUGCAGGAGAGAUGGCGACAGCGAUGCGGGAGACUAUCAUCAUCCUCGAGAAACUGCAGACCGAGUUUGGGCCGCCGAGCCGAGAGGCCAACACACUCAACCUUGUUGUCAUGUCUGGCAGCUCGCUCGUCGCUGUGCGAUAUGCCAGCCCGGAAGGACUGGAACCCCCGAGUUUGUACUACUCGACGACAGCUGGAGCAACGCUCAACCGCAAGUACAAGGGAUUUCCAAGCGACGUGAGUGACUCGGCCGAUGGUGGUGACGGGGAUGCCGAGGACGACGGGCGGCUAGAGAAGAAGAAGCAUGGAGAGCACGUCGUGGUAGCCAGCGAGCCCAGCACCUUUAACCAGGGCGAAUGGGAGCUUAUCAAGCCAUCACAGAUGGUUGUUUCUGAACUGGGUACUGGAGUCACUUAUGAGGGUCAUGUUUUCGACGGGGGAUGCAAGGCAGCCUUUGGAUUGGCGUUUGGACGUUUGAUUAUGGGCUGGGAUUUCCAAACGAGUUAUACGUGUAACGCCGCCUUCGGAUCGUCUGUACCUUGCUUGGAGUUAGAAUCGUACCCACAAGGUGCCAGCAUCUUUCAUUAUUGCAACUCCCACGGGUAUGCUCAGCUCUUUCCUGACCGUUUCUUUUCUCGACCGCUGUGUCUAGUCGUGCUUCCAUCAUCCUGGUGUCUUCAUGUGCGCAUCCGCGUGGCGAAGGGUGAAAGAAAGGAACUCUGUCUGGUAUCAGUCCCACAUCAUGGCAGAUCAGUUGAUCUUCAGACGUGGCUCCCGCGGGUUGAUUGGCGGCAUUGGCGUGGAACACCGGCAGGUAGCCUACCAGGAGCAAACAACACCACCGCCUCGCCGUUGUGUAACGUUGCAGCCUGUGAGAAGGAUAGAAACAUAAUUUCGGCGAAAAAGCAGGAAGUUCGCAUCAGACCAGCUUUGGAGCUACCUAUGGGGGGAGGUGAGGACGGCAAGAAAGGUCCGAGGUUCCGUAGAAUCCAGCCCUGUCCCGAUCGGGGUGAAUUAAAAGAGAAGGAGGAGGGCAGCUGCUCCUGCUGUGUCAAUAAUACUCACCUCUUGGUCUCCUUUUUCCUUGUUUCUUUUGUCACCGCUGUUCUACGCUGUUUUUCUCUCCUUUCGUCCAUCGAGACUCAACCAUCGAGCCGAUUUUUUUCUUCCAUUUGGCCGCCAUUUCAACCGCAGCUUGUGCGUCUACUUCAGACUCGACAGCAACUUCGCCCUAGCCUUGGGCACCUUCGAGUCGACCAUCGCUUCGAUAGUGUGUCGGAAUUCGCCCAUUACGCGUACGACUUGCGACUACCGGGAAUCAUGAGGGAUCGAACGCUAUUUAUCGUUCUUCUCUAUCUGGCCUUCGGUCUCCUAGUCAACGCUACGGAAAGCGAAAACGACGACUAUGACCAGUGCUACUUUGAUGCAGGUUAUGUCGGGGACGCCUGCGUCAAUGAAGCCUGUUGGAAUCAUGAUUCGGGCGUGACUUAUCAGUAUGGCUGUAACGACCCGAAUUACGCAGACACAAUCUGUCCCCUCAAGGGCGAUCUCGACCCAGCCAAGUCCCCCUGGAUAGGGCUUGUCCGGUGCGAUACUGAGAACGAAGGUAUUCUGAAAUACUGGGCUUGCAACCAUCCAGAUACCUGCGGCGAAAAUUGCCCGACUGAACCCGAGCGACCGCAGGUCACUCAAUCUGUCUGGCCCUGGAAACCUCAGGCUUUGCCACCCAACAAAGACUGCAAAGAUCUAGGAAGGCGGGUUUUGGCAAUGUAUGCCCCUGCAACGAUUCCUUCAACUGGCGGUGUCCCAUUGGCGUAUACGGCCCCCGCAAACAAACCGUCUCUAUCAAUGCCGCCGUUGCAAAGCAGCGGCACGACGACAUCUCUGGCUUCUUCAACCACACCUACCUCUAUCUCCGAUACUGGGACUUCUGUCGUAAACAUCACAUCACCCACAGCUGCCACCCCUACAUCCGUGGACUCCGAGACGAGCAGCUCAACCCUAGGCACCGGGGCUAUUGCUGGCAUUGCCGUUUCCUCCGCCUUUCUCAUAGGAUCAGCCUUAUUCGUCGCCUUCAUGCUACUCCGACGUCGUCGCUCCCGACAUGGUCCGGUACUCAACACCCAUGAGAUUGAGACUUAUGACCACGAACAGACUGUUCCUGCAGAAUUGCCUGACGAGAAACACAACCUUAUAAAUCCCUACACCCCGUCCACAGCCUCGGACGCAGGACAGGGCCGGCCAGUCUCGGACAUGACUCUGAGCAUGUUUUCACCCAGUCCGCUCAGUACGCCGAGAACUCCAGGCUCGCCGUAUUACUACCACGGCGUCGGCCAAGCCCCUUCGGAGUUGGCGGAUCAGCCAAGGGCUAUACACGAGAUGCCGGCAAUCAAUGAACGGGUCGAGAUGCCUUGA